ACCAUCCAACCUAUAUCCAUACUCUCACCUUCCAGCCUAUUCGAGGUCGACAUCUGGCGCCCCUAGUCAGACCCUCCACGUAACCACUCCUAGGUUACGCCACCUAUCCGCCCUCCUUACACCAUCCCAUAGCCACCGACAGCAUCUACUGGCCCCGCCCGAUUCCGUCUCUUGUAUCUUCUUCUUUUUGACGAUCAUCAUUCAACACUUCUCCCCGCUGAAAGCGCUUCCUCAUGCUCGUGUACGCAAGGAAAGAUAUUGGUACAUUCAUAGCUGGGAGAUACAUGAUCACAGAAGUGAUCACUCACCGUGACUGCGAGGGUGAGUUAUCCUUCUUCCUCUUCUUGGCCGUCGGAACGGAUUCUCAUUGGUCUGCGCGGAAUAGUGAGCGUCUACGUUGCUACAGACACCAUAGCCCAGGAAGAGGUCGCUCUCAAGCUCAACACCGCGCGCCACAGAUUCCGAUGCGAAGCCGAGUUCUACGACGAUUCAAUCCGAGACUUGGAGGGGUUUCCGAGGAUGAGGUGGGCUUGGGAGCACUGUUUCUGUUACUUCACUGCUAUUGCCCUCGACCGUCUGGGACCGUCUUUGGGUGCUCUCAUCAAAGAGGUGGAAGAAAGCAAGUUUAGCCUCAAGACGACUCUUCAAAUCAUGAAUCAGGUCAUCACCCGCAUUCAAGCUUUACAUGAACGACACAUUAUCCACCGUGGUAUCAAACCCGACAACUUCUGUAUUGGCAUGCCAGGGAGCAAGACAGAGAACACGGUGUAUAUGAUCGAUUUUGAUCACGCCAAGAAAUUCAGGGAUCCUCUUACCCAUCUGCAUAUCCCCUAUCGAGAAGAGAAUGACGUUGGCAACUCUUCUCAGACAUCGUUGGGUGUCCAUCCCUGGACAUCGUUAGCCGUCGACCAGAGGGUCGAGGCUUCGAGGCGAGAUGAUAUGGAAUCCGCGGGCUAUAUGGCGGUCUUAUUCCUCAAAGGCUGCCUACCUUGGUGCUACGGGCGUGACUAUUGUCCAUCAUACCCAGAGCACCUUGAAAGUAAGAGAAUCAAUGUUUCCAUGGAAAAAUAUGACCAGAACGCUGAUAUUCUACUCAGAGAAGGACACCAGUCUCGAAUAUCUCUGCGAAGGCCUCCCCGAAGAGCUCAAGACUUACAUCUCCUACUCCCGUUCUCUCAAAUUCGACGAAGAGCCCGACUAUGACUAUUGCCGAGGGCUCUUUCGACGAGUGUUUGAGAGAGAAAGGUUCAAGGAUGACGGGGUCUACGAUUGGACAGCUUCUGAGGUUGAGCUGGAUAUGCGGGAGAACGAACCGUCUCCCGGGAGUCCCCAGGUUUCUGCAUCGGGAGUUGACGAUACCGAGGUUGAGACGACCGAGGACGGGCCUUCUGCUAGCCAGACCGAGGUCACGCAGGCUUGUUCUAAACCGUAUAUGAGCUUGCGAUCGCGCGAGGUGGUCUUGAAGGUUUGAAGGUGACUGGUUCGAUUUGCGUGGUUGAGUGUCUCGAGCAUGGCAUUAGGUAUCGGUGAUAGCUGUUGUAUACUACUGUAAAUCAGUCACAUACAAAAUUUAUUAAUCUCUUCACUCUCCAUUCCACUCCCAGCGAGCCAGCCUCAUACUCUCCAUGUCGUCGUGUAGCAUGCCGGGAGCAGAACAUCUGCUUCCGUUCCGUACCUGGCUGGUGUAGUCGGUGUUCCGAGAUCAGCUUGUGACGUCUUUCUCUGCUUCAGUCACCAACAACAGAAAUUGACCUCAGCCUCGUCCAAACCGCUUCAUUAUGGUGCGCAAACAGAUCGGAGAGCGGAUUGGGAACAAGUAUGUAUCUACGACUGGACUGUAGUACCUCAAGAUGCGAUUGAGUCUGAGAAUGAAGACGAU